AUGGCGCCAAAAAGAUCCAAUCGAUCUACCGAAUACACUCUUGGACUAUUGAAUAAUAUCAAUGCACUCGGGCGCGACGCGGCGAAAAUACAAGAUUCCAAAAGGCGCCGCACCACCCAUGCUGAUGUCUUUGAAAUUCCCAUCUCCCCCUCACCUACACAAUCUCGAAAGACCCCCCAAACCGAACCAAAAAAUAAAAGCCAGUUGAAUUUGAGAAACCAUACGGUGCCUAGAUUCGCGCGACCGACUCCACCUCCCAACGUUUUCGACACUGAAGAAGAGAACGGGCCCAGCAAGGACGAAUCAGGGCCAGGCGAUAGCGAGUCCGAAUCAAUGCAAGAUGGGCCCGGUGGCAGCGGAGAGGAGGAAUUGGAUGAUAGCCGAGAUGAGCUUCGGCGCCAGACUGAACAUGAUCCGUUCCCCGAACCAGUCGAUCUGUUCCCAGCCGAAGAUGAGGGCCAAGUUGAUGAUCAGAUUGGAUACGAAGCUAGAAACGCACAAGAAGAUGUAUCUGGAGACGGAAUCGAAUACGAAGAUGAAGAAGAGGUAGAUGAUCAAGCUGGAGAGGAAGCUAUAGACGCACGAGUCAAUGUAUCUGAAGACGAAUCCGAGUAUGAAGCUCAAGUUGAAGAAGGGGCAAAUGAUUCUCCAGGUUCAAAGCAGAAUCAUUCAACGCCCACCCAGCAGAUCGCAAAUGCAGAUACUCUCGAGGUGCAAAUCCUCCAGAGAGUACCAAGGAACCAAAUGGUCGACACACAUAAAAGUUGCGUAUCAGCAAAUGCUCAAGAACCUCGGGAAGCGCCAGACACACCAAAAAUUCAGUUAUCCCGCCCAAAUCAGGAACAUCGAUGCAUUCGCUCCAGUCUCUUUACGUGGCUGACCGAAACCACUAAAGAUUCUGGCUUUAAGGAUACCUGGGAAGCAAUCCGCAGAGCAAGAAAGUCUUUAAAGGCUCACGCUGAUCCCUCUACGAAAAAAAAUUUCAGGGGUAUCAUGAAGCUCAUUGAGCGGCUACGAGGUCUGUUUGAAACCACGGUGAAGGAUCCUGCUUCAGCGUCUUCCUUGAAAAACCAGUGCAACCUCAUAGCCACCAGCAUCUUUAAAGAAAACCAGUGGAUCAUUUACACCGAAGCUCCAGAGGACGAAGACGAUGGUGCUCACCUAGUCAAUCAACUCGAAGCCCAUGUUAUUCCCCGACUGAUUGACCUGGUCAUACUCGGAUUCAAGACCUACAAGACCAUCACUGAUCAGGGCGCGCGACAUUUUCGCAUUGUUCUGGAUUUGCUUUGGGGGUCCUGUGAUAGGAUCUCCUGUCUCGCCCAGAUGCAUUAUGAAAUUAGUGGAGGGGUGAUGGCUCGCUCUAAAAUAGCGAUGCGACAUGUAAAGACCCUCAAGGAUGCACUAAACGACGGCCGGCUACGUGAGACAGCCCAUCGAAUUCCCCAACGCCCUCUAGCGUACAGGCAAUUUGAGUUAGAAGAGGUCGAAAGCCAUAUCUCCUGUGGACGGUGGACCUCUCCAGAGAAGACUGCACUCCGUGAUGGCUUACAACUAUAUAGGGGGGAAGAUCGAUACAUUGAUAUCAAAUGUGACAACACGAUCGGCGGCCAACUCUCCAAGCGCAUCCUGCAAAAUAUCCGGGGCCAAGCUGUCAAACUCGGCUUGGAUGAUCCAUGA